AUGGCGUUUGCUUCCCUCAUCCAGUUCGAACAGUGGGAUGAAAGUAAUGUCGCUGAGUGGCUCAAAGGUCUGGACGACAGCGUGCACAGCUACAUUCCCAGUUUUAUACAGGAUGGGGUCGACGGCCGCAAACUUUUAAUGCUGACACAUUCUGACCUCGACAAAUUGGGAGUCACUAAAUUAGGUCAUCAGGAACUGAUUCUUGAAGCAGUUGACCUUUUAAAAUCGCUGAGGUACACGUUUGAGACAGAGAAUCUGCAGCACUUGGCCCUCCAGCUGGGCUGCAAGGCUAGGAGCCUGCACAAUGAGAUCCUUGCUCGCAAUGGGGAGAAUGACCAGAACCGGGCCAACACCCAGCCUGUGAGACAUCGCGGUCAGCUGUCCAUCUCUGUCCUUUCAUCAGUCUGUGAUAUCAUGUUCACCCUUAAGACACUUACAUCCUGGCUGGACCGGGCCCCGUUUGAGACAAUUCAUGGUAUUACAUUACUACGGAAUUCUCUAGUCAAGCUAGGCCUGGAACUUGUCACAGUUGCCCAGAGGGAGUCUGGUAUAUCAGAAGUGGAGAAUGCCAUUGUCAAAACUUGCCAAGGUAUGACAGAGUACUGUGAUGAGCUGGUCUUAAACAUGAAGGAGACACUUGUGGUUCAACCAGCCUCUCUAGAAAUGGCAACAAUACGCAAGAAACAGGGGGAAGAACUAGGCAUGAAUAUACAGUCAUCAUAUUUUGGAAUCCAUGUCAUUGGGUGCAUCAAGGAAAUGUCUCCGGCUGACCUGUGCAGUAAAAUAGACAAGGGGGAUGAAGUGAUUCAGGUGAACAACCAAACUGUGCUUGGUUGGCAGCUGGCAAAGCUGGUGGCUGCAUUGAAAGAAAACCCAAAGGAGGUCAGCAUGCUGUUGAAGAAACGGCCAAGACAUACGAAUCCUUACGGAAAUGUGCAGAACAAACGCCAAAUGGGUAAUCGUCAUGUGCCCUCUGUUGCCACACUGCCCAAAACAAUGAAGAAACGGCGAUCUAAGGACGGGGACAAGCCUCCCAGACCAACUCUGCAGGAGUAUGUGACAUCGUCAGUACCCACUGGUGACAUCUAUAUUACAAAAGAAUCUCCUGAAGACAACAUUGAUGGGAAUGACACAGACAAUGAUGUCUUCCGAAGCGGAUCUGAGUCACCACAGUUCACUCUACCAGUGAUCGUAGAUGCCAAACAGCGGCGUGCAACAGUCAGCGGGGGCUCCCCCACAUUUGAGCGCCCAUCUCUGGUGGUGGAGGAUCUGGAUCCAGCUCCACUGCGGCCCAAAUCUCAGGCCAUCAACGUCUUGGAGAAAGAGGCUGCUGCGACUUCAGUUCGUUCAGCAGACAGUUCUCUUCAGAGGAAAGUUUUUGAGAACAGAGAGAAAAAAAGACUUCAGAGUAAGUCAGAAGAGGGCAGCAGCAGCAGCAGUAGCAGUCAGGUAUCUGAGAAAGUCCCAGGUGUGGAUCCUAGCUCAUCAAAGCAGGAGGAGAUAAUUGAGAAACAAACAGAGCCGGAUGCUGCCUGUGAGGAUUCUGAGGUGGCAGAGGUACUUGAUGACGCAACUCCAGUAGAGGAUCCACAGUCACCACCAGAGGUCUCUACCAGUGAGAACCACCAAGAGUUGGAUGAUCAAAGGCAGACAGUAGCAGUGGAGAAACCCACCCACCAGGUCAGUGAUGGGUCACCAGGAAAGAACUGGAAUAGACAGCAGAAGAUCGUAAACACAGAAGUGGCAGGUAAUUCAGGUCGCAGCGAUCAGCCGCAGUUGAUGAGAAUCAAACGGCUUGACUCUCAGCAAAUCUCGGACAUGGAAGCCAAGAUGGGAGAUGAUGAAGUUUUCGUGAAGCCACUGAAGAAGGUUGGAUUUUCUGAAGAUCUCAUGGAUUCACCGAAGGCGGAAAGUUUCACCCACAUUGUGGUUGCCGGAGUUGUUCAGAAAAUACCCACAGAAAAAGCUCGAGGAAAUUCUGCAAAUGAGUCUCCACCCGUGAAAAUGAGGAACAAAUCAACAAUGUCAAAGACUAAAUUAGACCGACGAGUUUCAUGUAAAGAUCUGGGCAAAGGAGAUUGUGAAGGCUGGUUGUACAAGAGGAAGCAGAAGGAUCGAACUCUGUCCAAACACUGGGAUAAGCGCUGGUGUGUGCUGAAGAGCUGCAAUCUGUUCUACUACAAGAAUAAGGAUGAUCUCAAAGCCGAGGGUGUUAUUCAUCUCCCAGCAUUCCAAGUGUCGCCGGCUCCUAAACUGAAAACCAAGAAAUC